CGUUGAUGUUGUGUCUCCACAACCUGUCCGUACAUCUGUCUAGGUGGUACAGACUCGCAUGCAUUUCGGUCCACCGAACUGAAUCUCUCUUUUUCCUUGCAAUCGAUUUCAACGACAGCUGUUGAACUUGGCCUAUCUUUCCCUCUUUUCUCUCUCCAGCUUCCCUCACUCACUCAUUUCUUUUUCCAUAUGCCGUCAUUAUCCUCACCCCAACCCCCACCAUCGCCAGGCGACAGAAGAGGCAAACACGUGGUAGCGGUAUGCUGCUUGGACAAAAAGGCCCGAUCGAAACCGAUGCGACACAUUCUCAACCGACUGCUCAGUUACGGCGAUUACAGCAUUGUGAUCUUUGGAGACAAGACGAUUCUUGACGAAGAGGUGGAGAAUUGGCCUGGGUGUGAUUUUUUGAUUUGCUUUUUCUCGGAUGGAUUUCCGUUGGACAAGGCCAUUCAAUACGUCAAACUCCGUAAGCCAUUUACUGUCAACAGCGUCGUCAUGCAGUCGUUGUUGUGGGACCGACGGGUUGUUUUGGCCAUAUUGGAUGCUAUGGGCAUUCCAACGCCCCCUCGUCUCGUUGUCACGCGUGAUGGCGGACCUGAAGUCGACCCGGACGCUGCUGGUGCAUUUGAGGAGUGCACUGGCAUGGAUUUGCAUCGUGUGUUGGCAAAGUACUCACGAAACACAGAAGAGAUCAAAAUCCAUGAUGACGAAAUAGAGGUCGAGGGCAAUUCCUUGUCCAAGACCUUUAUCGAAAAGCCUGCCGAUGGUGAGAACCACAACAUCAACAUCUACUAUAGUAGAGAAAAGGGAGGUGGUGGUCGUCGAUUGUUCAGAAAGAUUGGAAACAAAUCAAGUGAAUUUGAUCCUGAGCUCUCGACCCCACAGCAGGAGAACUCGUGGAUCUACGAACAGCUGAUGGAAACCGAAAAUUGCGAGGACAUCAAGCUGUAUACCGUGGGUCCAACUUUUAUUCAUGCAGAGACCAGAAAAUCGCCAACAGUCGAUGGUUUAGUCAAACGGAACACAGACGGAAAAGAAAUACGCUAUUGCACGGAACUUUCUCCGGAAGAAGAGGAUAUCGCCCGCAAAGUUUCCAAAGCAUUCGGCCAGACUGUCUGCGGAUUAGAUAUCCUGCGCGUGAACGGCAAAUCAUAUGUCAUUGAUGUGAACGGCUGGAGCUUUGUUAAGGGCAGCGAUUACUACUAUGAUCAAUGCGCACGACUGUUGAGCGAAGCGUUCUAUCGAUCUGUACAACGCCGCCCUUCCAUGGUAGAAACCAUCCCUCGAGAAAUCGCACCAGAACAUUCUUGGCGUAUCAAGGGCUUUGUUGCUGUAUUCCGACAUGCCGAUCGUACGCCCAAGGACAAGUCCAAAAUCUCAACACAAGCCCAGCCAUUUAUUGAUCUUCUUGAUGGAAGCACACAAGAAGUCGUCUUUCGGCAAAAGCAUCAAUUAUCAUUGGUUGCUCAGGCUGUCGACAAGUCGCUUGAAUUGAACCACAGCGAUGCGGACAAGCUACGCUCACUGAAAGAGAUUCUCGAAAAGAAGUGGGACUUACCAGGUACCAAGGUACAAGUGAAGCCGCAAUUUGACAAGGAGACCGGAGAAGUCAAGAAGGUUCAAGUGAACGUGAAAUGGGGUGGCGAGUUUACACACGCUGGCUUGCAUCAAUCCCGCGAUCUGGGCGAGAAUCUGCGUAAGGAUAUGAACAUCUUGAAUCGAAAUAUCAUGGACGACGUCAAAAUCUUUAGCAGCUCUGAACGCCGUGUGAGAGCCACAGCCGAUGUGUUCGCUCGACGAUUCCUUGGUCAACCCGAGUCAAUUGAAGGCGUCAUUUCAGAAAGCAAGUCUUUGCUGGAUGAUAGCAACGCAGCCAAAGAGCAAGGCGAUGCAGUCAAGCGACAACUCAAAACGUUGAUCCGGCCAGGCUAUGAGAUCCCACAGCUUCAAUUAGCCCAAGUAGGCUGGCCCAAAGACAUGCCACAGCCUCAUGUGGUGAUGCAAGAAAUUAGUUUGAUCAUGUCACGUCUACGACAAAUCAUGCGUUACAACUGGCAAAUCAAGGAUGUUGAUCAAAUUCAAAGACGAUGGUGCUGUUUUGAGUCCCCUGCCCUGUUCCGCGAGCGUUGGGAAAAGCAAUUCAAGAACUUCUGCGAUCACGGCAGUGGCGACGAGAGCGACGAGGCCGAUAUUCGAAAUAGAAUGCAUUCUGCGCCUGAUCCGGCAUGGAUCCCAGAGCUUUAUGAUGCACUGAAAUACGAUGCUUUGCAUAACCGCCCCUUUUUGCAGGGUAUUUUCAGUGAUCCUGAUGCACCCGCUCCAGAAUCGGAAACCGGAUCAACUGACGGAAGCUCGUCACGGGGUCGUCCUUCCACCGAUUCUUCCAGCGUUAUCCAUGGUAGCAGUGAUCUGCGAAAACUGUACAAGUACGUCCGCACCAUGUUUGACUUUGUGGCGCCUCAAGAGUAUGGUAUUACGGAUGAAGAAAAGAAAAGCAUUGGCUUGUUGAUUGGGCUACCCUUGCUCAAGUCGAUAUUGAGCGACUUGAGAGAUAUAAAGUAUUCGGACAACCCAAAGACACGACUUUACUUUACGAAAGAAUCUCAUGUUCAUGCAUUAUUGAAUUUGGUGUAUCUGUCUGGAGUACCAACCAAGGUCCCUAGAAACGCUUUACCAGAGUUGGACUUUUUAACCCAGAUCACAUUCGAGUUGUACGAGCGUAACAAACACAGUGAACCUGGCAAAGAAUAUUCGUUGCGGAUAGGCUUUAGCUCUGGUGCCCAUUAUAAGGAUGUCCUUGAUAUACAUCUCGAUGCCGAGCAUUGUCUUAAGGUUGCACCUCGCACUAACCUGAUCCCACACUUAUCGCUUGAAGAAGUCCUGGCUUACCAUAAUUCAUAUCUCAAUCUUCCCAACCUUGAGAGCAUUGAGCGUCAAAUUGAAGAGCGCAAACUAUACUACGUCCAAGAAGACAACCAAUAACAUGAAUAAUAACAUGAAUAGAAUCAAUACACACACACACGUUGUAGACUUUCUUGCCUUUCCCUCUCUCUCGAGCACACCCAAACCACAACACUUUACAAUAAUAUACUCCAAUCUUUUUUCUUCUAGUUCGUUUACACGCGCCACAGCAAUUGCUUUUUUCCAUCUCAAUAAAUAAUCAUGACUUCCAUUCCGUGCAACAGCUAAGUUUACUUUUGUUUUAUUUAUUGGAUACAAAAGAUAAUAAUCCGCAACCCAGGAAAAAGGGUAAUAUUAACCUUAGCGGUUGGCUAUUUAAAAAAGGGAAAAAAAAGAAUAA